GAUAAAACUGCCACUUAGAGCCCAGGGGAGUUAAGCCUUGCUAGGUUGGCCUGGGGAGCUGAGCAGAGUCAUGGGUUCUCUGGUCCUGCAGCUGAGCGCUGUCCUCUGCCUGGUGGCUCACUCCGUUUCUGGCAGCCCCAUCAUGGGCCUUGAGCAGUCACCCCUGGAAGAAGACAUGCCUUUCUUCGAUGAUCUCUUCACAGAGCAAGACGGUAUUGACUUUAACACACUGCUGCAGAGCAUGAAGGACGAAUUUCUCAAGACACUGAACCUGUCGGACAUUCCCCUGCAGGACACGGCCAGAGUGGAUCCGCCAGAGUACAUGCUGGAACUCUACAACAAAUUCGCCACUGACCGGACCUCCAUGCCGUCAGCCAACAUCAUCCGGAGCUUCAAGAAUGAAGAUCUGUUUUCUCAACCCGUCAGUUUUAAUGGGCUCCGGAAAUACCCUCUCCUCUUCAAUGUGUCCAUCCCUCACCAUGAAGAGGUCAUCAUGGCUGAACUCAGGUUGUACACACUGGUGCAAAGAGAUCGUAUGAUGUAUGACGGUGUGGACCGUAAGAUUACCAUUUUUGAAGUGCUAGAGAGUGUCGAGGGCGCCGAGGACGAAAGGAGCAUGCUGGUCUUAGUGUCAACAGAGAUCUAUGGAACCAACAGUGAGUGGGAGACAUUUGAUGUCACGGAUGCCACCAGGCGUUGGCAGAAGUCAGGCCCAGCGACACAUCAGCUAGAGAUCCACAUCGAGAGCACACAGAACCAAGCUGAGGACACCGGAAGGGGGCAACUGGAGAUAGACAUCAGUGCCCAGAAUAAGCACGACCCUCUGCUUGUCGUGUUCUCUGAUGACCAAAGCAAUGACAAGGAGCAGAAAGAGGAACUCAACGAAAUGAUCACUCAUGAGCAGGAUCUGGACCUGGACACCAACGGUUUUUCCAGUGGGCCUGACGAAGAGGCCUUGUUGCAGAUGAGGUCUAACAUGAUCGACGACUCUACCGCUCGAAUCAGAAGGAACGCCAAGGGCAACUACUGCAAGAAGACCCCACUCUACAUCGACUUCAAGGAGAUUGGCUGGGACUCCUGGAUCAUCGCGCCACCUGGGUACGAAGCCUAUGAAUGCCGCGGUGUCUGCAACUACCCUCUGGCAGAGCACCUCACACCCACAAAACAUGCUAUUAUUCAGGCCUUAGUCCAUCUCAAGAAUUCCCAGAAAGCUUCCAAAGCCUGCUGUGUGCCCACGAAGCUGGAUCCCAUCUCCAUCCUCUAUUUAGAUAAAGGUGUUGUUACCUACAAGUUUAAAUAUGAAGGAAUGGCCGUGUCUGAAUGUGGCUGCAGAUAGGAGAGGAGUCCCAUGGCUUAUUUAAUAACUGCAAAUGUGUAUAUUUUGUGUUCUAUUUAAUGAGACUAUUUAAUGAAGGUGUACAGACAAUAGAGGUUGCCAUCUUAGGGAAGUGGACAGGUCACAUGUGCUGUAGAAAAUGUGUAUUUUGCUAUACAAUCCGGUCCCUUCCACUCAUCUUGUUUGGACUCUCAUUUCCCAGUGAUACAUCUCUAACAACAAAAUGCAGGCCUGUACCACUUAUCCUCUGUGUCAGCUUGGAAAGAGCAGCCCCUAAAGGGAAAGAGUGUCAACACACAGAUAUUUGUGCAUGUUUGUGCAAGUGCACAUGAACUUAUAAAAUUCUUUUUGUCCAAAAGAGGCAGACUAUGCUCAUACAUGUGAGUGGCUUCCUCCAGAGUGUCUGUAUUAUAGGAUUUGGAAUUUAGGGUGAGAAAGUUCAUAUCGGGAGUUUAACCACCUAGAGAAGCAUAUUUUCCAGAUCUUCUGGGAAUGUGAAUGUAGUUCUUUUCAGUUGUAUCUGCCAUGUCUCAGAGCAGCAGGCUCGAUGAGCAGGCUGCUGACUCAAGAGGUGGGUGGGGUUGUCAGAUACACGAAACAAAUGGCCUUGACAGGCAAGAGAUGCACUUGCAAAGACCAGGCCCCUGGGCCAUGUACUCCGGAGGACAGUUGCCUGGUCAAGAAAGAUGCGGGUGGGGGCCUUCAGGACUGACUCCCCCUCAGUUCACAGGAGGCAAGGCCACAAGUGCCGGCCUUUUCUGCUGUCGAGGGCCAUGGAGGUGGUGGAGGGGGAGAGGAGGAAGGGCGCAGGUGGUGUCCUCAGGUGUGAUGGUAAAAAUCGCCACCAUUCUAAUGGGAUAAUUAAAUCUUUUUGGACAAAAUAAAGUGAUCCAAGACUAAGAGGACUAUCAGAAUAGAGCUAUUUGAUGGACUCUACUGAAAACAGUCUUCAUUUUAUGACCCCCCAAUCUUUCAUCUUCUCUUAUUUACCUUUCUGCCCAUCAUGCCUCUGGUUUGGUUGUCUUUCUUUCCCGUUCUUUACCCAUGACAUGAGCUGGGAGGAGGCACCUGAAAGCAUUUUCACUCAGUGUGAAAUCAGUUAGUGGUUUGACUUGUAGACUUAUUCUGGAAAUGGAACUUGAUUUGAUUUUAGCUAUAUCCUUUACUCUAUGUUUUUCAUGAGGAAUACAGAAUAGAAGACUAGAGUCCAGGUGAAUACAUUCAAACCCAUGAAUUAGUAGAUGCUUGAGCUGGCGACUCAAAUGUUGAGCUUAAACUUUGAAAUCAGCCUUGAUCUUGGAAGGGACCCUAUAGCAUGCCCAUUCUCCCCACUCCCCUCUCCUUCCAGUUGGAAAUUAUUCUCCAUCAUCAGGUGGGUUAUAAGGACACUGAGACCCUAGCCUUACAGCUUCCUAUUAGGGUUCUAGACUCUGUACAGGAGGAUCUAGAGCAGGCAGGUCCUAAGUCACCCCAGCAUCAGCAGACAGGUGACACAGUGAUUCACAUGAGAAGCAGGAAUGUGGCUUCCAGUACAUUGCCCAAACCCUACCCUCUUGGUACUAUAUAUUAAUUUGGGGCUAGCUAUCAGCUUCCUUUCCAUAAACUUCUUAGGGUUAUACAUUCAGAUUGUUCUGUCAAGGAAAGACAUUUUCUGAAUUUGAACUUCAACUCCAAAUAGCCAGUUGGUCAAAAUGGAAAUCUCAGAGAAGUUGUUGCCCUAGAAGAGGAAUAUUUUGACUAUAAGUGGGAACACGGUGAGGGACAUUGUCUUGGCUGAGAUGGAGAUUCAACUCUUUAUAACACCAUGUGUUUGAGCACAUGCAUAAAUCUGUGUAGAUAUAGCUGCCAUUGGAUAGCCACAGCAGCAUCCCCCGAGGAAAUGGUACAGCCUUCAUAAUCUAUGGUACACCACACAUACUCAUACUCCAUGGUACUGCUGGUCCUUCUUUCUCAAGGACACUAUCAUAGACAUAUAACAAACUCUCAGCUUGGCAGGAAUAGUUUCUUCUAAAUUCUAGUCAUGGCUCCACAACCAGCCCAGGGCAGAGAGCAGCCCAGCUUUGUAAUUUCAAUAGUUUAGAUGUGUCGUGUGAUGCCGAAUGACUUGCAAACUCCAGGGAAACAUGACAGCCAGAUCUGUGGAACUGCAUGCUCUCUGGCUCAGAACACCACUGACAUUGACAUCUGAUACUGGAGGGGUCAGCUCUUGUACCCCACCGUGCCCGCGGCUGCUGGCCCAGCCAGCUCUUGGAGAGACUUUGCUGAGCUCUGGAAGGGAGGUGACCGUUGAGGCUGUCUACAUAUCCCACACACUGCUCCAUUUCCUACGGUGCAAACGUAAGCUGCAUUUUUCAUGAUGGUCUUCUUGUACAAAGGUGUGCAGAUAGUCACGUAUUGGAUAUUCAAGCGUUGCUGUUUUCAUGAUUGUUGUGAAUUUUGCUGCCUUAUCAAAAAGUGAAAUGACAAAAGCCAUAAAUAGACGCAUUCUUCUCCCUUCUCCCAGCCACUGCCUGCAGCCUGUUUCCUUCGCUGUCUUAACCUGAAGCCACAGAAUGGGUAGAUAAAACUUAGUGAUGCAUUUCUGUGAUGACAAAUUUUCCACUGCGGCCAGCCCAUACCAAUCUUGCUUUAUUUUUAUUUCUUAUGCUUUGAUGGCAAAAGCUGAUAAACCUAACAACUCUUGAGGGAAACUCUAGCAGGGGACUGGACAGCUCACCACCAGCAUGGUUAUGUAAAAGUUUCUAGGCUUCUUACUAUUUAUUGAUUAAUCUAUUUAUUUUUGUAAUAUAGUGUAGAAUAUUAAAUAUUUUAUUUUUAUGUGUGUGACUCCCUCUUGAAUAGAAUAGCCUUCUCUGCAGUCCAUAGUGCACCCUUCCCAGGAGUGUAGCUUGACUGGAUUGUACACAUAUAUGUCUGCCUCUGCUUUUUACAUCAAACUGGUAUUUAAGGGAUCCGGCCAUGGCUUUGUGUGUUUGUGUCUUGUGGGCAAACUGUGAGCCCUUCCCUGUAUCUGCUGACUUGUAAAUAGCGGAGUUGAAACUGAAACACAGAUGUUUCUGAACGUGUUUGGUCAAUAAAUGAUAUGCCACCCCCUAAGUCAACCUGGUCACUUCAUCAUGAGAGAGAAACAUGGUCAGCCAUAAGUGAAUGAUUACUACUCCGUUAAUGGAAGUGGCAUUUAAUUGAACCUCCCCCCAAAUGGGGCCUUUUUUUUUUUCUGAAAAUAUCCAUUGCCUCCCUGAUCUGCCAACUUAGACACACAAUUGUACCAAAAAAAAGUCAAGGAUAUUAAUGUAGCGAUUCCUCAGAAGUUGAUCUUCCAGCACCCUGCCCUUUUCUAGUGUGAAACUGUUAGUCUGGGAAUUUAAUGAUGAAAUACUUUUAAAAAUGAUUACUAGGGUUUUAUCAUCUUUUUUAUAAUUUAUAUUCUUUCAGUGACAGAUAUGUUCAUAUGAAGGAAUUUACAUCUCGAUUUUUACCAAAUUUAUAAAGUGUAGCAGUGUUUAGGCAAAAUAUUUUGUUAUUUAUUUGCGGUGCUGUGUAGAUCCACUUCGGAGUGAGCCCCACUCCGGCCCCCUUAACUCUCCGCAGUUCUGUAAGUCCAUGUGCGGUGGGAAAGGAACAUGGAUUUUCUGUGUGUAUUUUUGAUUUCAGAGGGAGAGCUAACCCUGUACCACGCCAGCACAAAAAGGAUGUUUCCACACACGGAAACAACCCACGGAGAAUGAUCAUUCGUGGUAAUCAGUUCAUUUCUGUCACACGUGCGCACUGGUGUUUGUGAGCUACUGGCCGAAAUGCGGCGUGGGGAUUGACAGGCUCCGAGGCAUCCAGGAAAUUAGUUGAUACCUGGACACGCCGAAUCAGCUAAGCACAGUCAUUUCUUCGGAAAAGCAAGUUCAUCAUUCUUGUCCAGAUCUACUGCAAGUUAAACCAAAUGGAAGAUGGAGAUAAAUAUUUCACACUCUGUUCAUUAAACAAAUGUGUACAUCAGAGCCAUCUUGUUAAAUAAAGUGGAAAAAUUAUUUUGACAAUA